AUGAAUUUAAAAAAAAAUUAUUUAAUAGUUGUGAUGAAAAUUAUUUGUUUGCAAAGUGAUUGUAAAAAUAGUUGUGAUGACGAUUAUGAAAAUAGUUGUGAUGAUGAUUGUGAAAGUAAUUGUGAUGAUGAUUGUAGUGGCAUUUGCAAUAGCAAUUGUGAUAAAGAAUUAACUAAUAAUUGUGGACAAUUAGAUAAUACUUGA